UUUCGUGCCGCUGCUAAACGACUUUUCGUAAAAAUUUGCGUUCAAUUUGCGUUUGUCAGCAAAAAUAGCCAAAGUGCAAACAGUUAAUUAAUUAAGUAACACAUCUUGUGGCAAUACGAUUGCACUGAAUUAUUGAAGUACAUAAAAAAUAGAUAAACGACAACUGAGGAUUGCCAGCGCAACACAAACGCUGCACUCCGCCAAUCCCCCUCUUUCUAGCAUAAACCAGCAACGAAAAGACAAAACGAAAAAACGAUUCGUCACGCUGAACUUUCGGCUUGCGGUAUAUUUGCCAUUUGCGGCUGUCUGUGCAAUUAAAUUUCCACAAGGCUUGCAAAACUAUUGUGAAAUUCGUUGAAGAGCAGGGGCUUACGCGGUGUCCUCCUGUGCUUCAGUGCGUGGAAAGAGCCUAUUGGUUUUAAAUCGAUUUUGCCGACUGUGCGGCUGCCGAAGCAGCAAAAGGAAAACAGAUUCAGCAGGACAAGUCGAGAGCAGCGCAUUAUGGCCGAUUACUUUGAGGAACUGGGACAUACGCCCACAGGACCGGAGGGUGCCAAUGAUUUUGACCGGCAUUAUCGCCGUCUCCAGGUGCUGGCCAUCAUGAAUGGCAUUGAUAUGGAGAUCGAGGUGCCGGAGGCAUCCAAGCGGGCCAUAGAAGCGCUCCCGAUCCAUGAAAUUGCCGCCGACGAGGUCAAAGAGGAUUUCGAGUGUGCCGUGUGCAAAGAGCCAGCCCAAGCCGGUGAUAAAUUCAAGAUCCUGCCAUGCAAGCACGAGUUUCACGAGGAGUGCAUUUUGCUGUGGUUGAAGAAGGCAAACUCCUGUCCCAUUUGCCGCUUCAUCUUCGAAACAGACGAUGAGGUUUAUGAGGAAUUGCGACGUUUCCAGCAGGAUGCGGACAAUCGACGUCAACGUCAAGACAAUCUAAUGAAUUCCAUGUUUGGUUAAUAUCAAAAUAUUUAUCUUCUUUCAUUCGGUGGUGUAAUCUUUGGUGUGUGUAUAAUGCAAUAAAAAAUAC